AUGUGGUGUCAAUUAACAGCCAUCCAGGAGAAUGCUGCCGCCGCUUUGACACUGACUGGCUGGGAGCCUACCAUGCAAACAGGUAGUAGGUUGGUAGCAAGGCACCGCAUGGAGUACCUGUACCUUGACGCCCUGCCGGGGGAACAUGGGCCAACCAGAAGCCAGCGGCCUGGGACUCAAGUACCGAGAUGGCACUUGGCUGCACAAAAGUGGCGCGUUGUUGGACCCCCCCUCUGCCCCCUUCUCAUGUACAAGUACGGAGACUGCAAUACCUAA